GCAGCAGUGUGCGGUGCCCGUGAACACCCCUCUGGCCAAUUCAAUAUCUCAACUCAAUCUAUAAAUGGAGACUGAAGGCUGCAGAACAGGCUGAAUAAAAACAAAAUGAAAGCUUUGAAGUGGGCCCAGAAGACAUACCUGAAGUUCCCAAUAGAUCCAGUGAAGGAAAACUUUGUGAGACCUAAUGUCAAGGGAGCCAUAUUCUCUGCUGCAUCUCCUACACCACUGAAGGAGACCAGCCUUGCUUGUUUCUCCUCUGAUGUUUUCAAGAAGAUACUGCAGCUGGAUCCAGCAAUGUCCAGCGAUAAAACAUUGAUAGACGUUCUGUCAGGGAACAGAGAGGUGCCAGGAUCUAUGUCUUUGGCCCACAGAUAUGGUGGACAUCAGUUUGGCAACUGGGCUGGUCAGCUAGGUGAUGGCAGAGCUCAUCUCAUUGGAGAAUGCACAGACAGGGCUGGAGAGAGAUGGGAGUUGCAGCUGAAGGGGUCUGGGAAGACACCCUACUCGCGGUUCGCCGAUGGCAGGGCUGUUGUGCGAUCCUCAGUGAGGGAGUUUCUUUGCUCAGAGGCCAUGCAUCAUCUAGGCGUUCCGACGUCUCGCGCCGGAGCUCUGGUGGUCUCAGACGACACCCUACUGCGGGACCCGUUCUACGAUGGUCGCCCGCGGCGGGAGCGCGCCGCCGUACUGCUCCGCCUCGCACCCUGCUGGUUCCGUUUCGGCUCUCUGCAGAUGCUGGCCGCUGACGGCGAUGAAGGGAGUCUGCGCCUACUGGCUGAUUUUGUUUGUGAGCGGUACUACACGGAGGCGGCGGCUAGAGAGGGUGGUCGCCGCUACAGCCGGCUCGUGGAGGACGUGGGCCGACGCACCGCGCGUCUCAUCGCCGCCUGGGAGAGCGUCGGCUUCACCCACGGCGUGAUGAAUACGGACAACAUGAGCCUGCUGGGACUGACGAUCGACUACGGGCCGUUCGGGUUCCUCGACCGGUACGACCCCAACUUUAUAUCCAACUCGUCUGACUCGUACGGAGUGUACCGGUUCGCCCACCAGGCGCGCGUCGGUCAGUGGAACCUGUGCCGACUCUGGGAGGCGCUCAUGCCCGUCAUACCAGAGGAGGAGCAUGGCCACAUAGAGCGCGUUCUGCAGGUUUACGUGCAAGAAUAUGAGACUCACCGUGCUGAACUGCUGUCUCGGAAGCUCGGCCUCAACCGGAGCACGUCUGCGGUGAAGUUGGCCGAUCGCCUCCUGGAGCUGAUGUUGGCGGCUCGGGCUGACUUCACGAUGACGUUCCGUCAGCUGGGUGACGUGUCUCUGGAGGCGCUCGAGGCCGGCCGGGUGGAGGGCCUCUGGGCGCUCCCGUCUCUGACCGCUGCCAACGGCUGGUCGGACUGGCUGACAGACCUACGGACAGAGAUGGACCGUCAGGGGCUGUCCGACACCCAGCGAAGGGCCACCGCUGCCGGCGCCAACCCGCGGUACAUCCUCCGCAACUGGCUGGCACACGAGGCGGCCGAGGCGGCGGAGCGGGGCGAGUUCGAGCCUCUCCGUCAGCUACACACGGUCCUCAGCAGACCGUUCACUGAACAGCCAGUAGCCGAGGAGGCGGGGUACGCCAAACCGCCGCCCGACUGGGCCUGUACGCUCAGGGUCAGCUGCUCCAGCUAGCUGCGAGUCGUCUGAGGGCCUGCAGUUACGGUGAGGAAUAUGAAUGCAGUUACUGUGAGGUAAGCAAUAUGCGAAACUUUCCUGGCCAGUGCUGGUUGGAAGGACUGGGAAGGGCUGGGGCUGUUGCUCUGUUAGUGCUAUGAGAUCGUACCGCAUCACAAGUGCGGGAAUGUUACACUUAGGCGCUGUCCGCUGUGAUGAGGCUCAUUUGCACGCAUAUUUGUUUAUGUCCAGUGUUAUGCAAAGCGUUGAAGCUCGUACGCUUGUAUAUCGUAAUUUAUUGUGCCCGAUGGGUGCGUUUUUGUCGAUAAGUUUAGAAGUCGUAAGAAAUGGAGCGUAAUCGCAGACUCCCGUUACUACUAGUGUCAAAUCAAAGGUGCUGUAAAACCGAGAUACUUUUGCAUCCGUGCAAUGGCUCAGUACAUUUUGAGCAUUUCGAUAGGUUUGUCCUCAACUGACGCUCGACCUCAAAUAUGUAGAAAUGGAGGUUUGAAGGAGUGGGGUACUGACGUUUACUGUUUGUGUCCAGUCACCGUGCAAUAUAUUUUGUAUAAGCGGAAACAAUUGCAGAUGCGAUGUAUACAAUUAUAAAGCUUUAAAGUGUUUGGAUUACAUGGGAAAUUUGAUGCA